AUGACAAUCCCCGGUUUCGACAAGAAGGCCUACGGUGACCCGACGCGACGAGGUCCAGGUCAGCGUUCGAAUACAAGAACAGAAAGCGAACGAGACCUGAACCCUCCCUCCCGGCACAGCUCAGAGCCUGUAUUGCAAGCGGAGACGGUGGUAACUUCAAACUUGAACCACAUCAGAUCCGAAGAAAAGUCUCGAGGUUCUCAGACUUCGCCACCUUCCCUCACCCCCUUUUUACCUUCAUCUCAGAUCCCUAGCACACACUCUACAGAGGUUCGCCCAGCUGACCAAGGGCUGAAAGACGACAAACUUAACGAGGACCGACGUCGCAGUUUAACAACGAUAAGCAAGAUGAAUUCUGCUGAGAAAGCUAGGUUGUUGGGUCGCCCCGAGACCUUCGAGACUCUCAAGCAAGGGAACGAGAACGCAGAUCAAGUCAUCACUCGCCUUCAAGCAAAAGGUCUUCGCGAAGUGACUCGACGUAUCCAGCAGAAAGAUCAUGGUGAGAACAUUACCACCACAGGUGUCUCUAUGCUCGACUUCCUCCGAAGUUGCCCCCAACCCGACUCAGAAAGAUCUCAGCAGAGAGGAGCCACUUUCCCAGCAAGUCCCUUUCAAGAUCCCAAUCACAGCCCCCCACGGGAUCAAUCUACCCGAAACAGAGGUCAACUGUCUAGCUUCAACCCUCCAGAGUCAAACCAAGUUGGAAAGGCGAAGAGAUGGCCGAGCAUGAAUAAAAAGAAUCCCGCACAAUGGAGCAAUGCUGAAGCCUGUGAGGAACCAGAAAGCGAUAAUGACUCGACAAAACCCAUGGCAAGUGGCUUUGGCCGACUCAUCCAUAGUCGAAUCCCUGAAGUGGCCGAGGACGAUCUUGCAGGCUGGGACGGAAACUUUCAGCCGGCGCCUCUUGAAUGGGAACAUCGUCCUAGCUUCAGCAAACUUUCUCCAGGGUUCAUUGCAAACAUCCAUCAGUGGCUUGGUGCAAACACGAUGAGAACCAUGGCGCACAAACCUAAGGUCGAAUUCUCCACUAUCCCCACAGAAGAAGUCAAGAAUAUAGACAACCAUGCUGAUGGCAUUGGUUUCACCUCAAAAGAGACGGUGAUUGACAUAAACAAUGCAGAGCGCUAUGGCUUCGCAAUCGCCGAUCUGAGGACGCUAGGUGUUUCUCACCCAGCAGACUUCGACAACGACGCAAAACUGGAUCUUUCCGAUCCCGACAACGCUUGUUACAAGGAUGAAACCGCGCAGGUGUUCAUCGAUAAGCAUAUGGAAUGCCUCGGACGCGAGGCAAAGGAGGAGAAAACCAGAAUGGUGCUGCCAGUCCCAGUCGAGUCCGAGAACGAUAUUGCCAGCGAGCAGGAAAUAACACAACGCAAAGAUCCCGGCACUCCCAUAGCAAUGACAAACAUCUACCUUCGUCCCGCCGUCAGUGCGGACAUCCGCGGUAUGAAAGCCAUUCUGAACUGGCAUAUUGCCCAGGGCGUUCGUCCCUCGGAACUGUCAGAAAUCACGGACGACGACAUGCACCAGCGGCUUGAUCUUUCAACCCAAGCUCGCCUACCAUAUAUCGUCGCCGUGGAACGGAACCGUAAAAACACCCGCACCAAGUCUCGUAAGGCCCCGAGAGUCAAUCCCAACCAUCCCAUCCAAAAUAUUGACCCUAACUACGAUGGCCUCGUGAAGGAUGAGCCCAUCGUUGGUUGGGCUGCUGCCACAGACUGGUCAGCGUCUGAUUACGUUGAAACCAUCACAGCGGAACUGGAGUUGUAUGUGGCGCCUGGUCACCGCAAAUCAGGCGUGGGACGAUGCUUGAUGGACGCUCUACUGGAUGCUACAGACCGCGGAUACCUGAAAAAGGGCGGCUACGAAUUUCGAGUUGCACCAGAGAUAAAGCAUCUGUACUGUGCCGGUGGUGGACGUGAUUUGCACAAGUUGAUAUUUCAAGUGCGCAGCUUCAACAAACCCAUGUCCCCGCAGCAUCUUGACGGCAUGCUGGGAGCAUCUCAGAGACACGCUGAUUUUCCGACCACUAAGAAUGGCCUGGGCAGUCUCAAUAAAAAGGGUUCAGGAAGGAAGUCAUCUUUCGCAAGCGCUGGCAAACAAGAAAAGCGAAAGGAUUACUCUGCAGCCGCAAAACUCGAUGACCGCGAAGACGACUAUGAAAUUUGGCUAAAACAAUGGCUCGAGAGACAAGGCUUCGAACAGGAAGCGCAUCUGAAGAAACUCGGAACGAAGAACGGGAGAUUCGUGGAUGUGAGAUACAUGACUCGUGAGACCUGCUGGCAACCUACGGAUCAUCGACUUCCAGACUACUCCAAAGGUUUCUGA